UUGAAACAACUUCGGGAGGUAAAUAGAACAUGAAAUUGUCCUUCGACUAGGCAAUAUAGUAUUUUAUCCGCAAACGCUCAUUUCGAGCUUAGGAUCCUUACUUGAAUUUCUCAGAUAUAAGAUGACAAUUGAAUCCAUUCAUUAUUGUUUUCACAUUUGUGUUCGAGUGUUGACUGGCAUUGUUAACUUAAAACUGAGUAACAAUUCAUUUGCUUUUUCUAUAAAACUAAAGUAUAUUGAUGCGCUAAGGGACAUUAGAAAUGUUUCAUGUUUGCAGAAGAAAAUAGAGGAGCGCAAAGUUUAGGUGUCAAGUUUACAAUUUUUCACGUUUUGUAUAGAAAAUAGCCUUUCAUCCACGAUAUAACAUCCAAUAUUUGCGCCUAUCCCUGAAAUAGUUUGAGCUAUAUUACCCCCCUUCUAUUCACAGAUAUUCAGCAACGCUAAUGGGAAGCUUUGAAUUCGAUUUGAAUCUCAUUUUGAGUUUCUCUCCAUAACAGUGAGAUGCAACAAACCUGACGUUUAAUUCGUUUGCAAUGCUGGCCGUUGUAGCAGCUUAGAGUUGGACAAUGUUAUGAAGAUGGAUGGGCCGUAUGAUUAUGCUGCGCUGACAAUACUCCUGUUGGCGAUCAUACUAAACUCUGCUCUGAAUGGGGGAGUCUUGUUGGCAUUUUGUACACAUAGAAUUCUCCAGGACCGACGAUUUGGCAUAUUGAUCAGCCUAGCGUUGGCUGAUUUGCUUAAAAUCAUACCCCUCAUAUUGGAGAUCCAAACCUUGUUUAAUAUUGGCAAUGCAAGCGUAAGAUUCGAAUCGUGUCUAAUAGUGUCAACAGUUGGAUUGUACCUGAUUUGUGUUACAAUCCUUCAUUUACUGUUGGAAAGUAUUAACAGGCUGAUUGCUAUCGCAAGACCUCUUCGGUACAAAGACAUUUUCACCAUCAAAACCUUCAUAUCACUUAUGGUAUUAGUAUGGUUUCUACCAGCUAUUGGUAUCAUCUUGACCCAUGCAGUUUACAAGAAGCCUGGAGACUGGAUGCCAUCAUUUCGCGUGCUCAUGUUCAACUGUGAUUCUACACAUUUAGCUAUGCUUGGUGCUAAGAAUUUAUCAGGCUUGAAAUCAAAGCUUGUCAGUGAUGGACCAGAAGAUAGAGAAGAACUAUUGCCAAUUAGUUUAUCAAUAGAAACAUACUCUGGAGUCGUUACAGUGAUCUAUUUCAUCAUCCCGUUGAUCAUGAUGUUGCUGUGUUACUCUGUGAUUUUCAAGAUAUCCUUGAAGCAUAUAAGGCAAAUUAAGAACAUGGAGCGGAACAUGCGACGUCUUUAUCACAGGUUGUCCAAAUCAAGAGACAAUCAGUUUUUUGGAUCAAACGCUGGUAUAUCAACGACAGGCUCCGUCUCUACAACAGAAACGGUUUUGAGCCCAGUACAAUUCACUGAAAGUCAGAUAUCUAGUAACUGUGAAAACCUAUUUGAAAGAGAACAGAUAAGUGUCAGCAGUUCUGGUGGAAAUUCAGCAUCUGCGAAAUCUGAUGAUAUGAUUCUCCGAGAUUAUUCGUCUGUUAAAGAACAUUCAGCAGAAUUCUUUAAUUCAGUAAAUGCUGACAAUCCUACAGGAGCAGCCAAGAUGAAGGGAAGUGUAGUUCAAAACGAGCCGCCAUCUGUUCGCCUGAUGGGGGACAAAAACUAUUGUUUGCAGAAAUCUGGCAAAGAAGAAGUAAAUACUGCCAAUAGAAAGCAGUCAACAGUAAGCUUUGCAAACAUUUCGUGUAACAUUAGGAAGAACUCGAUUAAUGUAAAGCCAAAAAGAAAAAGGAGCAAUAUCAUAGCUCCACAGGACCUUAAUGCAAACAAUAAGGAUGUUGAUGGACAACAUAUAGUUGGUGCCAGUUUGAAUAAUGAUAGAGUUGACCCGCGAAAGACUGUUUCGCCAAUAAAGGCCGAAAAUGUAAUGUCAAAGGGUUAUGAGGAUUUGCUUGAAAACGAUAUAUGGUAUACAAACAAAGUAAAAGGGGACUUUGAGGAAAAAACAGAAGAUGGCGAUGCACAAGUUGGAGGUUUUCCUCAGUCUUAUUCGAGAGAGAAAAUCUCCAUACCGCUGACGCUGGAUGCUGAUGUUUAUGAAAUAGAGAGUAUCGGUGAUUAUUUCGAUAAACAUGAUGAGGUAUUCGAUGCAGAUUAUUUGAACGAUCCUAAAAUGAACUCAAGAAAAAUAAAUUUUCAGAACCAUUCAAGGGACAGUUUUGAUGAAAAGUCGGAAAAGAAAAGGGGAUUAUGGCCAAAACUUUGGCAAAAAGUUUCUCUAAGUAAGGAUAAUUCAAAAGAUGGCAUCCCGUCCGAAGCUUCUUUUCUGAAGAUCAUUGAAGAUCUGGAAAGAAAAUCGAAACCUUCACCGAAAACUUUCCAAACAAGUGCGCGGCGUGUGAUGAGGUUUUCUGUGUUGAUCAGCAGUCAUCAAAGACAGAAGAUUGAAGAAGACUAUGGACUAGAUAUGAGACCGACUCGCGACGAAGUUGACCAAUUAGAAACAUUGAUUUCAUACGCGGAAAGAGGGUCAAUCUCUAAAAGGACCAAUGAGCAUGUAGAUACCAGAGUUCUUGAAACUACUACAACAUCCAAUGAUGCUAUAUCACUCGACCUUUUUGGAGUUAUGACUGGAUUCCCUGUUUUAGAAGCCUGGGCGCAGUCUCUUAAAGAAAAGUCUGAAACCCCAACCCCAUCAAAUUCAUUUGUACGAUUCUAUCGUGUGAUUAGGGGUGAAAUGCGGAACAGAAAACAAGAGGGCAAGCUAGUAAAAACUUUAGGAGGCCUUUUUCUAGCUUGGAUCAUAUUUUAUGUUCCAAUUUUGACUUUUACGUGGCAAAGGUUGAACAACUGGCCUGUAGGAGCUGGAAAAGACUUUGGGUUGGGUAGGUUAUUGAUUUCAUGGGCACUUUUAUCAUCGGCGCUCAAUCCAAUUAUAUACUGCCUACGUAUUCCAGAGUUUAAGAAAGCUUUCGUCAAGAUGAAGAAAGCAGUUAAAGAGUAUUUUGUUUGUAGAUCAUGAUUUUUGAUAAAAUAAUUCAUGCAUCCAAACGAGAUGAAAACCAUGGCCUCUCAAAUUAUGGACAAAUUGAAUGAAACUGCUUUUCAUAUAGAAAAUUUACUUAUGAAGACAUAUUGCAAUCGAGCGUGUUUAAUUUUCAUGAGCUAAAGGUAUCUUAAUGUCAUAUUACUUAAUUAAAUGUUUUUAUGACGAUGCGACUGGCAAGUUUACAGGAAAGAGUGGAACUGGCUUUUUUCCAGGUAAAAAUAUUUUUUCCCCAGGAUUCUUAUUUUUGAUUAUUCCCGGCCUCUAUUCAUGAGCUUCAGUGCUAUAAAUUUAUGCAGUGGGAGUGUCUCGGUCUUUCAAGGCAUUACCUUAACGCAAUAAGUACUUCAAAGAGGCGGGUCCGUUCAAAGCAGUAAAACUAGCUUGCCUCUUAAAGCGUAAAUGGGAAUUAAAAUGGCAGAAUUAAGUUAAGCAAACAUUUGAAUCUACUUCAUUUUGUUUAUCUUAACAACAAAAGCUCGGGGCUUUUACUUAUUAUUGAAAUAUCUUUGUACAGAAAUACAUCCAUUUUUCUCUUUUUGCGAGAGAACCUUUGAAGCAUAGACUUUUAGCAAAUUUUCCGGUAGGAUUCAGUACCCAAACAGUUCUCUUGAGCAAAUAUUUGUCUGAUAACAUGUUGGCUGCACCAGGUACCAAUAGAGUUGUUAUAUUGUCACAACGUCGCGAAAUUGCGUAAGAUGUAGACAUAUCUGAAAUUAUUGGAUAUCGGAAAUGAUUUCAUGGAAUAAUUCAAGGGAAUAGGUAGCAUAUACAGGCACCGCGGAGCGUUGAGAAAAGUGGGGGGUCUAAAAAAGUGGGGGGGGGAGCUCAAACGGUAUAAAAGAGGCCUUACUGAUAGUUUGUUACUCAAUAUUUGGCAUCUUUUGGAAAAAGUGGGGGGGACUAAAGCCCCCAGCCCCCCUUAUUCGCGUUGCCUGAUAUAAUGCAAAGCAUUUUCAAUUUGCUUCGAUGAAGGAUCAAGAUUCUAUGCUGUUUAGAACAAUUACUACACAUUUGGUUUCGUUUAUCUUAGUAGCUCCAAAGGAAAGCUGCAAGCGUGUCUAGUUGUCUGAUUAGAGUCUGACUCAACCAUAAAACUUGCUAACAUUUUGACUUAUAUUGUAUGUUUCAUAAGCAUGAAUUGUAGGUGUUCAAACUUCCGUAUAUUUUCUAUUAAUUAGUGGACAGAGCAGUUUAUACCUUCAAAAUACUGUGCAGCUGACAAAAUGUACCAUUUCCACAAUAUAUUAAGUUCUUUAUUAUAAUUAUUGUAUUAGAUUCCUAUUUCUAUUGACUCAAUAAGGUUAAAAAUGUUUAUCUUUAUCUAGCUAUAAAUUUCAUUGAGAUUAUCAUAACCAUGAUGAUUCCAGAAGCUUUCUCAGAAGCCAGUUUAUAGUCCAUUCCAAAAUUUCGCUUUUCUUCCAUGGUCGGUGGUCGGCACUGAUACCCAAAACACAUCGAAUAAUCAAUUUAUUCAAACAAGUUAAUAAAGCAGUUGUUUUUAGGUGGCAUGAAGUUUUGAAACAUUGUGUUUUAGUAUUUGGAAAAAUUGUUCUUAUAUAUCGUGAUAAUUACAGGAUAAUUGUUCAAUGAUCUGUGCCUAUCCUUGAACUACAAAAUGACGUAGCGAUUUGUACCUGUGAUUUUAAGCAACCAUUCUAUGGGGUGAUAGUAAUUAUCUUCUCCUUGAUUCUCUACCUCCAAAUAUCGCUAGUUCUAAUACAAUAAAUCGUACUUGCAACUAGCAGUUAUGAAUUCUUUGCAAAAACAGCAGUGACUAUGCUAUUUUUCGAUAAUGCUGGCAGGAAAUUUUCUUUCUGGUAUAGAUUGUUGCUGCACUGGCAUGGAAUAUAAGGAACUUGUUAAGACUUUUUUCGUUUCUCAAAUCUAUUUAAGGAAACAUGUCUCUAAAAAUAGCCUGAAAGCAUGAAUUAAUACUUGAAAGAAAUAAUUUCACCCGUUGGUUUCUUUUUUAUAGCAUACGUAAUCUCAUGAAUAUAGCAUACUAAUCUCCUCCCUUCUACGUCUUAAUGAUAAUCGGAUUAAAGGCUACGAAAUGUUCUUUGCUGACAGAAAAGCCUACAUAAACGAAAAGUCAAUCUCGGUGUGAGACGGGAAGCUUAAGAAUGCCCUGUGUUUAAGGAUCAUUAAUUCUGCCAUAGUUUGCAAUAGGGUACUUAGGCUUCUACUGAUUCGUGAAAUCAGCCUGGGACUUUCUCUAGGAGGGAGAAGCAGGGCGGAACGUAUUUGAAAGUGGAGGGGCAAAAAUGUUUAAUCUUGACUGAGCUUGGCAAAGGCCGACACCAUGUUUGGCGGCAAGAAAAAUUUUAGAAUUACUGCAUCUUUGGGAAGGCCAGAGACUGAAUCUGAAACGGAUUUUGACGAAGGAAAAUCCGAGGCAACAUAUAUAAGCUUUGUUUAAUAAAUGUAAUCAAUAAGUAUCGACUACUGGAACGUUGUCUUGAAGUAGGAAAGGUCUUGCAAAGUUUUAGAAUAGCCUUUUUAAUAUGGCUUUUUAACAUAACUCCUUUUAAGAUUUAAAAUUUACCCAAUAUAAGAUAGAGGAGAAUGAUAAAUGAGACACGGUUUGAUAAAAACAUUAACAAUGAAAUAUCAACAUAAAAACCUUCAGCUAAAAAUAAAAGAUUAAGCAUUUUUGUACAGUCGGGAAAUUAUUUGACAACAUCUGAUCUUAAAUUUUUCGGAAGUAAGGUGCUUUGUAUCUUUCUGAGAAAUUGUUCGUUAACAAAAAAGACCUUGCGAGCCAAGCUUAGGCCGUAGAAAAAACGAAACUUCAUCAAUAUGUGCUGGCACCAAGUUAUUCUGGAACAGGUUUCUUGAUCUAUUUCAUACGCCAAGCUGUUACUUGUUGUACAACUUGGACAACGACCGAUUUCUUCGAUCAAAUUCCCAUAUUCAAUAUUGCGUGUGUCUUCUAUAGUAAAGAUAUACAUUCUUUAUUUCUUAUAAGAACAAUUUUAUAAGAACACGAGCCUCAAAAUUGGUCAAAAGUUAAGAAAAAUUUAAGAACAAGCUGGUACUGAGCUACUGUAAAAUGUAAUUUUAAGCAACGUUUCAUCUCAAUAACGAGGAUUUUUGCCAUUUAUGGGUGGUUCUUCAAUGAUAUUUCAAACUUGUAGGCAAAUGAAGGUUGUCUCGGUCACUUUGUUAGCAAAUGGGGCCUGGACAACUCCCUGGUGCGAAAAAGCUAGCAAUUGCACUGCUCGCACCCUAUUAAUUUCAGAACAAAUCAAGAACAAUUCAGUCUCAGAUUUUUCAAAAAAAUAAGAACAAUCAGCCUGAACUUAAAUUGAGUGUUUCUUAAUAAAACGAGUGUAGCAACCAAACUAAAUCUAAAGACAUAGUUAAAGGGAAUACUAGGCACAGUUACCUACAUAAUGAUAUACUUUAUUUUGCUCUGCAGAAAAGUGGUAGAGGCCUCUCAUAAUUUAAAAUUUUCAAAAUGUACUUAAAAUCAUACCAAACAUCGCCAUGCUCUUUGUGUUUAGCAUGUUUAGCCCCCCCAAAAAACGUUUUAGCCCCCUCUAUCCUAAUAUGCUCCGCGGUCCUUGGGCCUGCAUCUUUUUCAAAACAUCAAUGAAUGUUUUUGCUUGUCCGCCUUGUCUUACAGGGCCGUGUGCUGUUAUACCCUUGCUGUAAGCUGAUUGUCAUCUCUGAUGCAGUGACCGUCUAAUUUUAUAUGUCUCACUAAUUUCUUAUUUUUGACGUGAGUGGAGCAAUGUUUUAUUUGGCAGAUGUUUUUCCCAACUUUCUUUGAGGAAACCUCUAAGAACUCUGGUAUAACAGCCAUCCAGCGAUCUCUCGGGUUGUUUUAUGAGGGUUCAAGUUUCUGAAUCAUACAGUAUUUUAAUUUAGAGGGGGAGCGCUCACCCAUUGCAGUUUGACACCAUCAAAUAAGGUACUUUCCGUUGAGCAAUCACGGUGUUCGGAAAAGUGCCCUGCACACCCCUGUCUAUGAAUCGUUUGUAUAGAAAAAUCUCAGUGCUGAUAUCUUCUGGCUCAACGUCUGAGAAGCAAAGUCUAAAUUUCAACAAUCUGCUGUAACAGUUUUUUAACCAGUUUAAUUUCAAUGAAUGAAGGACAGUCCCGAUCUUGCCUCUUGUGCAACGUUUUAUCCUCAAAAAUUGCAUGUUCAGAGCUACUUUUUGCAUGCUAAUGCUUUGGUACAUCCAGUAGCGCAGUUAGGGGGAGGCUAAAGGGGGCGGGCACCUUCCAAUGGCAAGUAUCUCUUAAAAGGGCGUUUUCUGGCAUUCUAAAGGGCGUAGACCCCCAUUUUUUCUCGAUCAACUUGCAAUGACUCAGACUUCAGACGAGGGAAACUUUUGCUACUCAAGGUCGUCAAGACAAGGCUCAUAAAUAGUCAUAGAGAUACUAUGGCCGAUAUAUAGGAACUUUAAAUCAAAUAUCAAACAUUGGAAUUUAGAUUCACACGCCAGGACAUAGUUUUAAGGGUAUCUUCGAAGUUGCAGUUCUGAAAAAACUAAAGCUAAGUGCACCGUUAAGGGCCUAAAAUUCAAAUCAGCCCCCUUUUUCUGACCCUCCAUUCCUUGAAUGUUCAAAUUUAGUUAUUUGCUUUGACCCAGGGGCGGACUGGCCGGUCGGGCAACCGGGCGAUCGCCCGGUGGGCCCUCCCAAAACUAUUGCAAUUUUUCUUCAUUUUACUAUAAAAUGGCAACUUGUAUCGUUUGGUAGGGGCCCUCUUCUCUUGCUAUUACACCUAGACUCUAUCAAGAUACGUGGAUACAGAAUAAAUAAAAAUAUCACUUUGUGGUAUCUUAGUACUGAAAAAACUUUAUCCAAUGAAAAAUCAUUUGGGACCCCAUGUAAGCAUGCAGUAAUCUAGGUCCAGGGCUUACUGUUCCCAACGCAAUAUUAGGAUACUUAAUGAAGUUCCAAAAUCGUAAAAACAUUCUCUUCGGGCCCUCAGUUUCGAAGUUUGCAAGGACAUAACAGAUUUUUGACUCAAUUUCUAGAAAGGUAGAUUACUUUAAUGCAAACCAGAUAUACAUCAAAACUGCGGAGGGCUCAGCCACCCUCCUUGUUUGUUCUUCGGUCAGACAAGAAUCGUGUAACGCAUAGAGAGCUGGGAUUAACGUUUUGCUCCAGCACAUGUCUGCCAUUGUAAACUGAACAAGAAAAAGGGACGAGAUGCAACUGGAAGACUAAGAUGCAAUACAAGCUUUAUACUCAUAUAGAUGUAGAUGUAGAGUUUAAAUGUAGAGUUUGACAUUUAAACAAAGAAUAGAAUGGCUCUCUACUUUUGAAGAUAUCUUACUGAGAACACUCAGUUACUUUCUUCUACAGGCAAGACAGGUUUUUUACUAUUUCAUUUAGAAAUUUGCCUAAAGUUAGGUGUGUCGGAAAUGUUGCGCUUGUCCCUAAAAGUUGAGAUUUUGAUCUUGGUUUGUCGGUAAUUGUGAACAAUUUAUCAUCAGGGACGACAAUUAUUUUCAUAGAAUUACUGGGAAAGUUUGAGGAGAUUGGCUUUACUCGAACACAUUUCACUGGUCAAAAACUGUCAUUUUUAGCCACAAAUAAGGGUGCAAGGAAGAGAAAGCUAAAGCUGUAGCCUUUUCUACAUGCUCAUUCAAAAAGGAAAUCUUCGCAGGACAUUUUUUAAGACGUUGCUUGUUUUUGUUGUACUAAUUUUGCCUUCUAUUUUUGCCCAGUUUUGCUUUGUUUCAGUUCAUAUUAUUCUAGAGUCAGCUGCUUUGAUUCUGACUCUCCACAUUUGCAUCGCUUCCACCUUUUCCCACUCAUUCCUCGUUGUUAAAAUGUUGUUCCCCGUAAUCAAGCGUUGUCAAACGCUUAAAGUUUAUUAUAAAACCAACUCCAACUUCCUUCCCAUUGUUAUGUCAAAA